AUGCCUCCCUCCGACCCCUUAGACGAUGUCCGGCCGAUGUUCGAGCUGCGAGGGCGCAACUACGUCGUAACAGGCGGCGCCCAAGGCAUCGGUUUCGCUUGCACCCGCGCAAUAUGCGAGAUGGGAGGUAAUGUCGCUGUGCUCGACAUUCAAGAAAAGCCCGUGGAUGAAUUCAGCACUUUGCCGGCCAAGUUUUCCACAAAAGCGAUCUACAUCAAAACCGACGUCACGUCUGAAGACAGCAUCAAAUCUGCUUUUGCGAAAAUUUUGGAGGAGUUCGGAUCCAUUGAUGGAUGUGUGCCGGCCGCGGGUAUCGCUAUCGAUAAGCCGUUUCUGGACCAGACCUGGGACGAGUUCAACCGCAUCCAGGAGAUCAAUGUCCGUGGAACCUUCUUCGUUGCCCAGCUUGCGGCGAAGCAAAUGUUGAAGCAAGGAUCCGGAGGCAGCAUGGUACUUCUCGCCUCGCAGUCAGCUCACAUCGCAUUGCCGGGAUAUCGCAUGGCGGCUUACAACGCCUCAAAGGGAGCGGUAUUUAUGCUUUCCAAAGCGUUGGCUGUUGAGCUUGCGCCGCACAACAUUCGCGUCAACACCAUCUCACCCGGUUUUGUUGACUCUGAGAUGACAAGAAAGGUGCGAGAACUGAAGAGCAAGAGGGAAGGAGAGCAGAUGUGGCUGGCGCCGCCGAACCAGCGCUUAAGUACGCAGAAUGAUCUCACCGGUGCUGUUAUUUACCUGCUCAGUGAUGCUGCAAGGCAUACGACAGCCACUGAUAUUGCCAUCACUGGUGGAUUACAUGCGGGGACGAUGGAUGGCUUGAUUAGUUAUGAAAAGUAG